GGAAGCGGCGGGAGGAAGCGACGGAGCGCCUGGCGCGGGCGGGCGCGCGGGGCCGGGCCGGAGCGGGCCGGGAGCCGCCAUGCCCCGGGACAACAUGGCCUCCCUGAUCCAGCGGGUGGCGCGGCAGGCGCGCAUCACCUUCCGCAGCCCCGCGGGGCCGGCCUUCGGGGAGAACCUGCACCGGCUGCAGCAGCUGCUUGACGAGGUGCGCGCCGAGGACCUGCACUUGGCGCCGCAGGGGCCGGCUCCGGCGGCGGCGGGGUGCCCGCGGGCCGGCGCCGUGCCGCCCGUCAGCUAUAUGCACAUCUGCGAGACCGAGAGCUUCAGCAUGGGCGUGUUCCUGCUGCGCGGCGGCGCCUGCAUCCCGCUGCACGACCACCCGGGGAUGAACGGCAUGCUGAAGGUGCUGUACGGCACUCUGCGCAUCGCCUGCAUGGACGCGCUGCCCGCCGCCGCCGCCCCGCCGCCGCCGCCCGCCCCGGGGCCGUGCCUGCGCGCCCUGCUGCGCUCCCGGCAGCACUACACGCCCGCCUCGCCGCCCUGCCUGCUCUCGCCGCACAGCGACAACCUGCACCAGAUCGACGCCGUGGACGGCCCCGCCGCCUUCCUCGACAUCCUGGCGCCGCCCUACGACCCCGAGCACGGCCGGGACUGCCACUACUACCGCCUGCUGGAGGGGCCGCCGGCCGGCGCCGAGCCCGCGCUGCCCAGGGAGGUGUGGCUGCUGGAGACCGCGCCGGCCGCCGACUUCUGGUGCGGGGGAGAGCCCUACCCGGGGCCCCGCGUCUGCCCCUGAGGCGGCGCCCGCCGCGCGUCGGCCCUCGGGACCGGACGGAACGCUGCGGAGCGCCCGGCCGCGAGGGGAGGCGGGCGUCGGCGCGGGGAGCCCCGCCCGGCUCGUCCCGUCCGACCGCUCGAGGACGGCGCCCCGGGCCGCGGUUCGGCCCUCCGUUCCGAUCGCGCCGCUCCCGCCGGGGGAAAGGCCGCCGGCACGGGCUGCUCGCAGGGCCGCGCGCCGAGGGCCGCUCGGGACAAUAAAGUGACGAUGUAUUUAUUUCUUGUGGCUGACGUGCGAUGAAGGAGGAGUGGCGCGGUCCGGUUCUACUCGACUGAGCGUUCGGAAGAAAACCCAGUGCUCUGCGUGCGUCGCCGAGCUUCGGUCAAAGGGGGGGUCGGGCUCCAGCAGAGCGAAUGCAAUAAGAACCCUCCCGGAGCCGUAACCCCCAUCCGCUCGCUGCUGGGAGCGCCGCGCCGCCUUCCCGGCGGCUCCGGGCCGGGCUCCGCUAAGAGAUGUACCGAACUGGCAAAAUCCCACCCCCGGGGCAACUCUUGGGGCGGGCAGCGCUCCGUGGAUACACAGUGGUGUGCGUGGGGUGGGAGUGAAAUGAGUUCCCCUCCUGAGGGACGGUGUCGGGUCCCGAAUUACCAUUUAACAGUUCUUCACUGCGUUCCGUAUAAGAUCCGGCUAUUAGAACUGAAGUUAUAGAGCAUUCCUAUGCAUGUUCCCUCAGCCGGGAGGAGACUCACAGCUGCUAAUUAACUGUGCUUGGGAGUUCUCAUAUAGCAGUGGUCGAGGGGAGUGGAAGCUGUGGGCAUCUUUAGAGAAGACCGCUGCUGUCCCAUGGAUGCUGCUGUACAACACUACUCACUUGCCUGUAACCUAUAGAUAUGUAUAUCCAUCUGUACACACACCCUAGGUUCAGAUAGGAUUUGACCCGAUAACUCUUCUCUAAAAGCGGUCUGUGUUUUUAUAUGGACAGGUGAACACUGAGCUUUGGAAGCCUUGUGGUUUCCCUCUUUAUACUAUUUAUAAAGAUUACUUUUUUGUAAGGCUUUUAAAUAAACAUAGUGUAGAAGAGACGCAGUGCAUUUUGCCUUGCUGUGCUGUAAGCAGCCUUGAGAUGCAGCAUGCCCUCAGCAGGGGAUGCGAUCUUUCUAACGGGAGAAACUUUUCUAGAGGUGAUGUACCUGUUUGUGCUGCAGGGAAUGGCCCGGUGCCUCUGAUGGCAGAGCACGCCGUGCCACGGGCUCCAGCCUGGGUCACCGUGUGGGAAUUUGAACACAAACCCACUUCCUAAGGGAUGUUACCAGCCUGCUCCAGAAACUGUCCCACAACCAGCCUUUGUGUUUCUUUGUGUAUUUAUAAAAGCAGACUUGUUUUUCCUGUACGGUUGCUUGGACGGGUGAAUUUUUAAGUGAUUCUGAUACAGCAUCACUUUUUUAAUUGGGCAGGAAGGGCUGUGGAAGAAUGAAUGUAAAACACCAUCAGCGUUAUGCAUACACAUAUUAAUGCUUUUGCAAGGAAAAAUUGGUGGAAAUUAUUUUGCUCAAUUUCCAUUUAUUCUUACAGCACUGUGGAGCGUCUGAUGUUUCUGCAGUGGGCUUACCUGUUUUUCCUGGAAUUCCCCUGCAGCUUAGCAUUAGUUAAUGUGCAACAAUUCUCUAUCAAGCGUAGUCAUUAACUGUAAUGCAGUGCCUCGGAAUGGCACAGCCUGUGUUUCUCACUCGCUCCGGCACUAAUGAAGACUGUCAUCCUUUUCCAGAAGCCCACAAACAGCGUGCUGCAUGCAAACAGCAGUACUGGAAAAACAAACUGCAACAAAGAGCAUUUCGGUUCUGUAUCUCAUCUAUCCUCCCCUUAGGUCUCUCUUGUUGCUUUUUAUUUUUUCUCCAUGCUUAAGACCUAGUCAAGACAUGUAAUGGGAUAGGAUUUUAAUGCACCUUUUCCACAGAGGACAGUGUGGUCCCUUACCCUGUAGAGUGCUGUUAACAAUUGUGGCAAAACUUUUUUGUUUUUUUAAAUAACGGCGUUAGCAUCAAAGUAUUGAAGUCAUUGUGUCAGGAAAAAGAGAACCUGAGAUGCAUUAAAGAAAAGCCUCUUCUUGCUUAUUCAAUGAUUGAAACUUAACUGCACGUGUUCUGGAUAUCUGUAAGCAGAAGGUUUGAGUCUAAUAUAGUUCCUUCUCUCUGCAGUUUGUUUAUUGCGUUUUCACAACAGGAAAAUCACUGUUAUUGCUGAGUUACAGAAUAAAUACAGGAUAUCUCACCACC